AUGGCUCCGGAGCUUACACAAAACACUGACGCUAAUUCGGCCAUGACGAUAUCGCCGCAUAUCCACGGCGGUGAUCGAGCUUACGUGACGUUUCUCGCCGGAAACGGUGAUUACGUGAAAGGAGUCGUUGGUUUAGCCAAAGGACUAAGAAAAGUCAAAUCGGCGUAUCCACUCGUUGUGGCGAUAUUACCUGACGUUCCGGAGGAGCACCGUCGUAUACUUGUGGAGCAAGGCUGCAUUGUCCGUGAAAUCGAACCCGUGUACCCACCCGAGAACCAGACUCAAUUCGCUAUGGCUUAUUACGUCAUCAAUUACUCCAAACUCCGUAUCUGGAAGUUUGUGGAGUACAGCAAAAUGAUAUAUUUAGAUGGAGACAUUCAAGUUUACGAAAACAUUGAUCACUUGUUUGAUCUCCCCGAUGGCUAUUUCUACGCGGUGAUGGACUGUUUCUGUGAGAAAACAUGGAGCCACACGCCGCAAUACAAGAUCGGAUAUUGCCAGCAAUGCCCGGAGAAAGUCCAGUGGCCGAGGUCUGAGCUUGGAGAGCCACCGUCUCUUUACUUCAACGCAGGAAUGUUCUUGUUCGAGCCUGACCUUGAAACUUACGAGGAUCUCUUAACAACCCUUAAAGUCACUCCCCCAACUCCUUUCGCCGAACAGGAUUUCCUAAACAUGUACUUCAAGAAAAUCUACAAGCCGAUUCCUUUGGUUUACAAUCUCGUCCUCGCGAUGUUAUGGCGUCACCCAGAAAAUGUAGAGCUUGAGAAUGUCAAGGUGGUUCACUAUUGUGCUGCGGGUUCGAAGCCAUGGAGAUACACAGGCAAGGAACCGAACAUGGAGAGGGAGGACAUAAAAAUGCUAGUGAAGAAAUGGUGGGACGUUUACAACGAUGAAUCUUUGGAUUACAAGAAAUGUGUAGCUGUUGUCGACAAAGAGGCAGAUUUGAUGAAUCUGAAGCCGUUUAUCACCGCUCUUGCUCAUACUGAAGCUGGCCGGGUUAAUUACGUAACCGCACCGUCCGCUGCUUGA